UUGUAUUUUAUUUGUUUUUUAAGGUACUUAAACUGGAAUGGAGAAUUCUACGACUUGGAGAAGAAAUUGAACAAGACGAGAGAUCCAGUCGAGGACCAAGUGGGAGGCCAUUGCUCUGGACUGAUCAAGGUGGCACCGAAUAAUGCGGAUCUUUUCAUCUCCCAAGUAACCAUGAGUGGAUUCCAAAACAUGCUCAGGGUACUCAAGCUUUACAAGUUUGGCUAUGAGCGUGAAUUCUUCCCGGGUUACGCCACUUCGAUGGCUUCGUAUCCUGGAUUCCUCUACUCAUCAGAUGACUUCGCACUUAUGUCUUCAGGACUGAAAGGCGGUCCAUUGUACUCCAUUUAA